AUGUCUUUCAACCUGCCAAAUGCACUGGCUUCAGGGGCAAGCAACAGCUCUGCCCAAAUGAACCUGACUCAGUUACCGAACAAUAUCCUCGAUGCUCUCCUGCCAGGCUACUCUGUCAUUUCGGGAUUCAUAUUCCAGAUCACUGGCUUCGACAUCUCCGUUGCCGUCUCUCUGAGUGUGCUGAUAUUCACUCUCACCACGGCAUGGGUAUAUUGCUACAAAUAUGCCUACUCCUUGCUCAUGACUUAUAUGACAGCGUCCAUCACCGUCCCCUCUCACGACGAUAUCUAUGAUCAGGUUAUAGCCUGGGUAUCUGAGCUGGCCAUCGCCACCAGCAGCCGAUCUAUGCGUGCCAAAAGCAAACGCCACAUGAGCUGGGACUCGGAGGAAGAUCUUCGUGCGGAUGUAUCAGGCAAAGGCUCUAAGGACACUCUUCUGAACUUCAGCAACUGGGAAGCGAAGAUUCCCCCGAGAUUUGAACCACACUAUGAGUUCUCCUGGUUCAGACACAAUGGUAACUUCUUCAAAAUGUCCAGAGAAAAGGAACAGGUCUUGAGUGGACGAAUGGGAUUCAACAUGGUCAGCAGUGAUGAAACCUUGACCAUCACAGUGCUUGGAAGAUCGCUGCAGCCCAUCAAAAACUUGAUUCGGGAGGCAAGAGAUGCAUCUUUUGCUCGUGAGAAAAGUAAGACCACCAUCCGUCGACCCGGUCCCAAGGAAUUUCGUUCACGAGGAAUAUACGCCUGGAGCAGAGCCGCCACUCGCCCUUCUCGGCCUAUUGAAACCGUCGUCCUCGAUAAUAUUCAAAAAACGAAACUUUUGCUGGAUAUAAACGAAUAUCUUCACCCUGCUACUCCGCGGUGGUACGCGAAUCGUGGGAUACCUUAUCGUCGUGGCUACCUAUUUCACGGACCGCCCGGCACAGGAAAGACAUCUCUCAGCUUCGCCAUAGCUGGCGUGUUUGGACUGGACAUAUACUGUAUCUCUCUUCUCGAACCAAGCUUGACGGAAGAAGACCUCGGGUUGCUCUUCAACUCCUUGCCUAGGCGUUGCGUUGUUCUCUUGGAGGAUAUUGAUACCGCCGGUUUAGCGCGUACUACCGCUAAUGAAGACUCUUCACCGGGAACAACUGACGCGACCAAUGGAGCAACCGAAGGCGUCAUUUCCAACUUGGAUACCACAGCCCAACAGCCUUCGAGCCGCGCAAAGAAAGGGAAGAAGCCUAACAACGAUGACGAGUCAAAGGGUAUCUCACUCUCAGGCCUCUUGAAUGCAAUCGAUGGCGUGGCUUCUCACGAAGGCCGAGUUCUCGUCAUGACCACAAACCACCCAGAUAAACUUGACGAUGCACUCAUCCGCCCCGGCAGAGUAGAUAUGAUGGUUGGAUUUACCUUGGCAAAUAGAGAACAAAUCAGGGAAAUUUUCAUCCGCAUGUAUUCUCCAGACCAGCCAGGAGGUAUCAAGGCGCAAUCAACGUCGCCAUCUCACGUUGAGAAAUCUCUUUCUAUCCUGAAUACUAAGUUGUUCAACACCGCCAAGACAGAGAAAAAUGUCACCAACGAGGGCCAACCUGCAUCUAACGAGAAAAAGGGGGUAGAGCAGAACAACAAUGUCAAUGGAAUUAUCACUGCCAGCCACCAAGUUGCUGUUGAAUAUAUCAAUGAACUAGCCAUCUCAUUCGCCGCAUUGCUUCCGGAAUAUGUUUUCUCACCAGCUGAAAUCCAGGGAUUCCUUCUUACCCGCAAAAGAGAGCCUCACCUGGCUGUUGAAGAGGCCACUGCCUGGUGUGAGAAUCUAAUGGUUACAAGAGGCCGCCACCACCCACCUGCACUCUCAACCUCUAGCACCGCUGUUAGCAAGCGAUCUGAUAAGAGCGUUGCGGAAUCUGACAAUGAGGUUAAUAGUGCAUCCGCAGACGAACACACUGGAAGUGAAGCAGAGAGUGAAUGUGUAGCAUCUACCUAA